GCGUGCGCAGGGGGGGCGGCGGCGGCGGCGGCGGGGCGGCCGGGCUGGCGGGCUGGCUGGCUGGCGGCGAUGGGGUUCCGUCGGCGGGCCAAGAGCCCGGCGCUCUUCAGCCAGGAGUUCCUGAUCCACAACCACGCCGACCUGGGCUUCUGCCUGGUGCUCUGCGUCCUGCUCGCGCUCAUGUUCGAGGUUACAGCCAAGACUGCCUUCUUGUUUAUUUUACCUCAGUAUAACGUUAGUGUGCCUACAGCAGAUGGUGAGAUUGUCCUUUAUCACUACGGCCUGAAGGACCUGGUCACUAUCCUUUUCUACAUCUUCAUAGCAAUAAUUCUGCAUGCGGUCGUGCAAGAAUACGCCUUGGAUAAAAUCAACCGGCGUCUCCACCUGUCCAAGGUGAAACACAGCAAAUUCAAUGAAUCUGGACAGUUGGUCGCAUUUCAUCUCACCUCUGUGGCCUGGUGCUUAUACGUCAUUGUAAUGGAAGGAUACUUAUCAAACCCCAGAAGUUUGUGGGAGAACUACCCUCACGUUCAUCUCCCAUUCCAGGUCAAGUUUUUCUACUUAUGCCAGCUGGCCUAUUGGUUGCACGCGCUGCCGGAGCUGUACUUCCAGAAGGUGCGGAAGGAAGAGAUUCCCCGCCAGUUGCAAUACAUAAGCCUUUACCUUGUGCAUAUAGCUGGAGCAUACCUCUUAAACCUGACCCGCCUGGGACUCAUCCUGUUGCUGCUUCAGUACGUGGCCGAAUUCCUCUUCCACGUGGCUCGCCUCUUCUACUUCACGGACGAAAACAACGAAAAACUGUUUAAUGCGUGGGCGGUGGUGUUUGUCAUCUCCCGGCUCUUCACCCUCACCCUUUCCGUGCUGGUCAUUGCCUUCGGGCUGGCUCGGGUGGAAAACCAGGCGUUCGACCCCGAAAAAGGAAAUUUCAACACGUUGCUUUUCAGGUAAGGCUCUGGUGUGUUGUUCUACUGUAGCAGGUGUGUCGCACAGGCGUGGAUGAUGUGGCGCUUCAUCCACUUCCAGCUCCGGCGCUGGCGGGAGUACCGGAACGAGCAGAGUGCCCGGAAGAGAGCCACAGCCGCUGCCCACGGCAAGCAGCAAUCCAAGACAGUCAAAAGGGAAUCCGGCUACCACGAAAAUGGAGUCAUGAAAGCCGAAAACGGAACCUCGCCACGUACCAAGAAGCUGAAGUCUCCGUAGAGCCAAAACGGAGUCUCCAACGAUAGUGGAGGGAGGAGGAGAACGGAAAGAGGAAAGAGAACGGAAGGAUCAAUAUUCUGGAACUGACGGGCGGCUCCCCUCCCUCUCUCCCUCCCCCUUUCUGUCCUCACAAGUUUCACCUCAGGAGGCUUCAACUCUCUUCACCGAAAGCUCUCGUCUCCGGACAGUUUACAAGAACAACCAAAAGGCCCUCUCGCCAAGCGGGGGGGCUCAGGAACACCAAACGAUUUCUUCACGUGGAGUGUCUGAUCCUUAGUACGCGUUUCUCCUUUGCUUCCGAUUUGUUCUUGCUUAUUCCUCACCCUCCCGGGGUCAUUUUACAAACCGGCCUUCCUCGGAAACCCGUUACGUGCCUUAAAAGUGUUUUCCCCGCUGCCCUUCUGCUGUCAAGCGUCUGGUGCUUCUUUGUCUUGGAAGAGAUGGCAGCUGUCGGGCGUGGGGUGCAUUGCCGUGGGAAUAGAAGGUUUUGGGUAGUCUGUGGAGCUGGUGGACCCUUUCCCACACAGCCCUGCUGCAGAGACAGGGACUGGUGGGAAACACAGUUUGAGCCAUGGUGGGAAAGUGAAUCUGUGGGUGUUCCUUCUCUAUCUCACUCCCCACCCAUCCAUAAUUCAUCCCGAAGACGCAGGCUGGUGUUUUAGGUCGUGCGGCCUUCACAAGAUGACCAGAGUGUAACCUUGUAUGCCCGCUCUGAAUUGAGUUCAAGUCGUUCUUGGCGGUUGCUGUUUCAGCUCUUGGGCGCCAUUUGCUUUCCCAAGAUUUGGAACGGGUGCAGGUUUCUCCUUUCCAACGUUCCUUCCUCUGGUUAUAAACCGCCAGAUUAACAUUUGCUUUUCAUCUUCUCUCGCAAUUCUGGCAGUCCGGCCUGCGCUCCUGGCGGCUGUCCGUCUGCACUGGUCACGCCCCACCCACAUCUCAGCCUUUCCCAGCCCACGCCGUGCCUUCGUGGAGAGGAGACCCCACCCCUCGCUCACAUGACUGUCGAGUCCAUACUGACGAACAACUUGUGUCUUGGUGGCCUCACCAUUUGGUUACCCCCUUGAUAUUCUUUCCUGUCCUUAAACAGAAGUGCUGGCUUCAUCAACUGCCCGAGUCCAACCAAACAUAGGAUUCCAAAGUUGCUCUAGAUCCGUGUUCACCCACCGCCUCUCAGCAUUCUGAACCCCUUUCCAUCCAUUUCUUGAGAAUUGGACGCCUCCCUCUCCUUCAGAGGCUCCAUAAAUUAUAACCGUGCAGAAGGAUGGAAAAUCCGGUUCUUUAUGCAUGAAUGUGGAUGCGGUGGAUUGUGGGAGGUAUAAACUGAAGUCCUCGAUGAAGGGAGGAAUUGCCCAGCACCUAGUCCAUCACCCACUCCCAAACUGUAUGGAUGGAAUCAAAUGUAAAAUCUACCUCAAGAGUCUACCUUUUACCCUGCUACCUUUUAUUUUUGUUUUUUGGGGGGAAGCAGAAGUAAACAGUGGCCGCCUUUUUGGGAGAGCAAAGGAGUGAAUCAGUCCUUCCCUCUAAAAGAACCCAUGGGUUCUUGGUAUUGCUGUGCUGUUCCUUAGUGAAAAUCACAAUCUCCUGGAGCGUACAAUUCACGUCACUUCCCAUAGCAGAGUUAUUUUUGAGUCCCAGAGUGUGGUUUUUAGCUCUGUUGCAAAAUCGAUCCCUUUAUCGUGAACGUCUUCUCAGUGAAGCCCCUCCGGUUUGCAGUGAGGGACUCGAGGUGUCCCUAUUUAUUUUGCUGAGAUUGAGGGUGCUCUCCUGUGGCAUUCCGUGGUGUGCUGUUGGUCCCAACAGCAUUUCCUCCUGGUUGCAGCGAGUGCAUUCUUGCUCUGCGGUGGGUGCACGGGGAAAGGUUAGAAAACAACAGCUUGCUCAGCGGCCCUUCGCAACAGGAGAGUGAGCAUUUUUGUCAGCCAGGUGAGGCACAAGGAACUUUGACUGGCCGAUGCUCGGUUCAUUCCCACUCGCGUUACUUUACAGGGUUGGAAUCCUGUAGCAAAUGGUGCGUACGACAGUUUUCGCAUUUCUGCACGCCCGCACACGUCUUUCUCUUCCCCUUAAAUUAGAUCUGCAAGACUUGUGACUCACUGAGUAGACCCCAACGCAUCAGCCCCUUGCGGCAUUCUUCCACAGGUUCAGCAUAGUUCCCAUUCAUCCCAAGUGCUGGCUGAUUCUUCUAGGACCAUUGACUGAUAUGAGGAAAUGCGUCUCCUCCCUCCUCCGGGCGCUGGCCGUUCACUUCCCAGCGAAAUCUUGGAAUGCUCCGAUGAGGAGUGUUCGGACCCGAAGCCAAACUGACCGCAGCGUGCCUGUUCCUUCCUCUUUCUCUGUCUUCCUUCCUGUGCUAAAUAUACCUCAUCCUUCGAAUGGUUGUAUGGGAGUGUGGGACUGACUUGAGUAGGCAUCGGUGCUAACCUAGGCCAGGCGGAACGGGACCCAGCAACUCUCGGAGGUGGGCGCAAACCAGAACUUCUCUGGUUGGCCCCUUUCCUGCCUGCAGUUGAUCAGCCGCCAUUCCAAAGAGAGAGACUGUGUUGGGAUCUCACCUGACUUCUCUUCAGCCCGGAGUUGCUGUGAUUUGACCACGCUGCCCUGCGUGCCCCCCCUCCCCCCCAGCGGGGCUUGCUGGCUACUCGCGAUGACCCGUGUCUUUCAUCUUCCGAGAUUGCUCUUUGGGUCGUGUUUGGGAAGCUGCAGAACCUAACCGGCUCUGUUUGCUUGCCCUUUGCUCCAGUAUGAGGCGGUUAGCCCACCCCGUAGUGUGUUCAGUGCAGAUAAGUGCCUUAUAUUGCCUUGUAGCCUUUUGUACUUUUGAAAUAUUUUCGUGUGUGUGUGUGUGUGUCUGGAUUUCCCAUAUGUAUGGACACGAGCGUAGCAAUUCACAAAAAGGACCGCUUCUGCCGAACACAGUGCCUCGUUUUUCUAUGCCUUUUUGACUCUUCGGUGGGUGUUCCCUUGGGGAGUCAGAAUCCUUCCCUCUUCCUUGGGACGAUGCAGCAGCCAAAUCCACAGUGCCACCAAUAGGUUUUCUUCGUUCUGUAGCAAGCCAGAUGAGUCGCCUGUGAACUCCUCGUGGUUCACUUAGAAAAAAAAUAUUCAAGCGUAGGGGCAAAGCGUCUCAGCCUUUUUUUUUUUGUCUUUAGGACUUCUUUUUUGUAUGAAGAGUUUAGGGGGGGGGAAAGCCAAAAUUCAGGUGGCUGAAGUUUGACUACAGGAGGGGAUAGGGGCCACUUUACCUCCCCCCGCAAUUUUCCUAUUUGGGAAAAAACAUCCCCUUUACACACUGCCUUUUACCUCCGUAGGAAAAUUUUACCAAUGCACAUGUCCCCUGCAGGGAUAAAAAAAUGUGUGGAAGCAGAAAAACAAGAUGAGAGCAAAGGAGGAAGAAGUUCCUCUUUCCCAAACACCCCUAAACAUCCCCUUCUUCAGGGGAUGCACAUCGCUCACAGUUCUGUCUUUUGCAGUAAAAGGAAGAGGGAAGUCGGACCUCCCACCGGGAUGCAACUGGAGGAUACCUGCAGAUCCGGUACCCAAUUCUGUAUUACAUCACCACAUUCCACCUCCUGGGCCGGCCAAUAAGGCUUUCCCAGAAUGUUGGCAAUUGUAACAGCGCCCCAAGAGGAGGGAAUGGGAGUGACAGUUUCCCUAAUGUGACCAAAUUCAUGCGAUGGGGGUUUUGCUUUUGGGGAAUGGGGUUCUUCCCUUAACUGCCUCAUUCCACGUCGAAAGGGAGAACUUUCUAGCGCUUUUCCCCCACCUGUCGUGCCCUAGAUAGACCAAGAGACGUAGCACAGUGUAAUGGACGCAACUGAACAUUUCCCUAGGCUUAGUAACUAGGUCUUUGCACAGAAGGGCAUAGAAAAAUUGUACGGUUGGAAAUAGUUUAGGCCUUUUUUUAUUUUUUAAAAAAAGCACCCUCGUGAUAAGGCAGUCAGGGGAAAAAAAGUGAUUGUGAAGGUUGGAGAUAGCCUCUUUUCGGACGAGGCAGAAUUAUUUUAUUUCUGACGGAAACUUGGUGCCGCUGCACACUAUGUCUUCCAGUAGGACAGCCUAUAUUUUCAUGAGCGCACAGCUAUAGCAAAAUUGUUACUAAGGGCUUUUUGAAGGGUGGGGGGGGAGAGCCUACGGGAGCAACGUACUCUUCUGCAAGCAAAAUCCUUUGCAGCAGACAGGAAAAAUGGUGUUGGGUUUUGCCCUCUCACCCACCCACCCAAUUAAUCUUUCUGAUUAUGGACCAAAUCUCAACCAGGAAACUGAGAUGAAAAUACCUGCUCUUCCGUAUUUUGUUCAGUGUUGUUUCUGGGAAUUCCCCCCCCCCCCCAGGAUUUCCCUCUUCAACGGUUGUUCCGCCCACCCACGACCUCUAUAAUUGCAAAAUACAGACUUUGUAUGGAAGUUCUUUUUGUAAAACACCUUUUAUAAAAACGAUCUUUGACAAAAAUAUUUUCUGAAAUAAAAAAGGCAUAGAAUGAUCAAAGAA